GGAGAGCUUUCUUCCUCUUAUUUCUUAUGAACCCAGGAUGAGCAACAAAGAAGACCCGAGCAAGUGUUGCCCCGCAGCCGCUCCGAUCUCCAGUUUUACCAUCCAGUCCAUCCUGGGCAACGGUACCUCGGAAGGGAGCAGGGAGCCCAGUUCCCAGGCAGCAGGCGCCUGGCCGGGCAGGAAGCUAAGUCUGUCCGUGUCCUCAGAGGAAGAGGAGCCGGAGGAGAGCUGGAAACAUCACGGCUGCUUCUGUCCUGAGUCGCAGGGCCCCAAAGAAACUUGCCACAAACACCAGCCCAUCAGUUUCACGUGUCUCAGCAAUCCAAAGGGGAAUGGAGGAGCAAUGACGGUAAAUACAGACAGGACGCAAUUCCUCUCCAAAUCCCUACAGGACUUGAAGGAGGAAAAAGAGAAACACUUCCCUCCAAACUCCCCGUCUUCUGGGGAGAGACAAAGGGACGGAGGGGACAGGCAGGCUAAUUCAGCCAAAAAGAAGACCCGCACUGUUUUCUCCCGGAGCCAAGUGUACCAGUUGGAAUCUACCUUUGACAUGAAGCGAUACCUGAGCAGCUCGGAGAGGGCCUGCUUGGCCUCCAGUUUGCAGCUGACGGAGACCCAGGUGAAAACCUGGUUCCAGAACCGCAGGAACAAAUGGAAAAGGCAACUCUCGGCAGAACUGGAGGCGGCCAAUAUGGCUCAUGCCUCAGCUCAGACAUUAGUGGGGAUGCCCCUGGUUUUCAGAGACAAUUCCCUUCUGAGAGUGCCAGUGCCCAGGUCUAUCGCCUUCCCAGCCCCUUUAUACUACCCAGGCAGCAACUUAUCAGCCUUACCUCUCUAUAAUCUCUACAACAAGAUCGACUACUGACUCUGAAAGCCGAUGGCACUGUCUCCUUUUCUGUAUAGCUCUCCGAUAGCCGCAAUGACCUUCCAUAGAUUUCACCCGUCUGUAUCCACUGGAAACCAAAUGUGCUUCUUGCAAUGUUAAGAAAUACACCAUGUGUAUUCAUUAUUUUUAUUUAUCGGAUCUUCUCGAUGUGUUUGUUUAUGUUCUAGGCUGGCAUAGUGUUUUUAUGUACGAUCGCCAUGCAUUAUCCCACCAGACAUAGCUGACUUUCUGAGCUUCACGGGACUUUAAAAACAAAUUGCAAUCGUCUCUCUGUCUACAUGUGCAGGUAGGAAAAGGCCCAGGGCACUUGGUUAUUUGUCUCUGCAAUUGUAUAGGCCGAUUUCAACACCCCCCCCCUUUUCCUGAAUAUUAUUCUAUCACUUGAAAAUAAAAUUUAAAAAACAUAUUUCAAAUCUGUAAAUAUUUUUAAAGAAAAUAAAACAUUUUAAACAUC